UUUUGCAAGAAUUUUCACCAACCCAAAAACGUAUUUAAGGGAAAACGAUAUAUCUACGAUUCCCCCUCAUUUAACGAGAUUCAAGGUGGAAAUUAGCAAUAAGAUUUGUUCAGUUUUCCUACACGAGGUGGCAUCCAUGUUUUCAACGGCACGAGAUGAUCUCGUGAAAGGAUUGGCGAUUGUUCAAGAGUCGAAAUCAAGUAAAACCAAGAUGACCGAAGUGAACAAGGUGAAAUUUAGUAUGAAUAACUUUUUACGGGGAAUCGAGCAAUUUGAAGGGAAUCUUAUUAAAGGCGACCGCGUAAGGAUUGACCUGGCUAGAAAAGCGGUGGAAAUUGUCAGCAAAUUCAAACCCAUUGCGGAAAAUUUAGAAAACGAAUUAGGAAAUUUGGGAUCAUCAUAUUCCACUUGGGCAAUUUUACUACAAAUUAAAAACACCUGGCCUUUGCACAUCGACACAUAUUCCCUGACGCAAGAAGUCUUCGCUGUCAUCGUACUCGGAUUCGGUUCGCCUUAUGUCUGCGCCCAUUUUUUUACGAGAGGGAAUAGACCAGCGGUCGGCAGGGUCCAGGAAGCCAGGAACCAGCAAAAUUCUAACCUGAGUCCGGAUGCCAGCCAGAAUUCCGUUGAAACGAUAGACGAUCAUCUCUCAUCUCCACAGAAUUCUGUGGGGACGAGAGACCACAGACCGAUCUCCACCGACUUCUUGAGUAGAUUGGGAGACUCAAUUCCUUCUUUGUGGGCUACAUUGUGGGAGUAUUUUCUACUUUGACUGUUAUCUGGGUUUACUUGAGUAUGUGGAAUGCGCGUGAUAAAUUGGUGGAUAGUAUUUUGGAAGGUUUAUCAAAUUCUGGGAAGGAUUUGCAAGAUAUUCAACGAGCAUUGCUAGCUGCGUGUGUGGACAGAUGAGUCAAAUUUUGCAGGAAUAGUGUUAAUAAAUAUGUACAGGGUGGUCAUGAAUUCUGACUAUAAGGUAUGAUGGUCACCUUUACAAGUGACAUGGCAUAAAUUAAGAUUCUAUGGAAUCUUUGUCAUUUUAUUCUUAGCUAAACAAUGACAUCAAGGAAGACCAUGCAUAAUAGUACUAUUUCAUGAACAUCUUGUAAAAAAA